GCCUCCUCCUCCUCCUCCUCGCAGAAGAGCGUGCUUCGCCAUGGCUUUCGCGACCCGUCCCUUCGUGCGCCUGGCUUCCACCGCAGCCGCCAAGAAGCUGGUGAUCAAGCAUGUGACGGUGGUCGGAGCCGGCCUAAUGGGCUCCGGGAUCGCCCAGGUUGCUGCUGCAACUGACCACACGGUGGUAUUAGUGGACCAGUCAGAUGAAAUAUUAAAUAAGUCCAAGAAACAAAUUGAGGAUAGUCUGAAGAAACUAUCAAAGAAAAAGUUUGCAGAGAAACCUGAGGCUGGUGUAGAAUUUGUUGAGAAGGCCUUAAAGAAUAUAACUGUGAAUACGGAUCCGGUCUCUGUGGUCCACAGCACUGACCUUGUAGUGGAGGCCAUUUUGGAACACUUAGCCCCCAAAAUUGAGCUCUUCAAGACACUGGAUAAGUUUGCGGCGGAGCAUACAAUAUUUGCUAGCAACACUUCAUCUUUGUCAAUCACGACCUUAGCUAAUGCUACCACUCGGCAAGAUCAGUUUGGUGGUUUACAUUUUUUUAAUCCGGUACCUCUCAUGAAGCUUGUAGAGGUUAUCAAGACGCCGAUGACGAGCCAGAAGACUUUUGAGUCUCUCAUGGAUUUCAGCAGAGCCGUCGGGAAAAAUCCAAUAUCGUGCAAGGGAGAUGCAUCAAAGGAAGAUAUUGAUGUUGCCAUGAAACUUGGGGCAGGUUAUCCUAUGGGCCCAUUUGAACUCUUAGACUAUGUCGGCUUAGAUACCAGUAAAUUCAUUAUAGAUGGAUGGCAUUCAUUGGAACCGGAAAAUCCUCUUUUUGCUCCAAGCCAGGUUCUAAAUCAGUUGGUAGAGGAGAAGAAACUUGGAAAGAAGACUGGUGAAGGAUUUUACAAAUACAAAUGAACUUUCCAAUGUGCCAUGUUUUUCUGACACGCGUAAGGAAAGCUGCUGAGCAUUUCCAUACAGUAUUUGUAAUACUGCUUAAUCAGGGCCACAAAAACCAGUCAGUGCUGUAUCUUGAUUAUAAACGCUAAGCAAUUUAUUUCCACAAUGUAGCCUUAUGGUAUUUUAAAUCACUGGGAUUUAUUCGGAGCUUUACACAUUGAAGUGCCUUUUUCGAAAUUACCAUGGAUCUAAACACAUCUCAGAUUUAUAAUCCUCCAUCCAACCAGUAGAAAUUUUAAUAUGAAUAAAAUACUUCAAAUAUAGAGUUGCUUUGAUUUCCCCCCCCACCCACCCCCACCAGUAGGUGGCAGUGUAAAAGCAGAAUAUGAAUUUAACAUUUUCCUUUUCAGCACUUUAUUCAGUAAUAAAUUAUAUUCCUUUAGUAUAUAGCUAGAUUCAGCACAUAUACCAUUUAUUCUUUUUUUUCUUUUUAUGCCUUUGUAUAUCAAUCAAUCUGCAUGUCCGUGUCUGCAUCAUAGAACACAAGUUUGCUACAGAAUAUGAACAGCAAGAAGGCAGGAGGGACUUUUUUUUAAAAACAGGAGAAAAGAUAACUUCCACGUUAAACAAAUAUAAAUAGACCACCUUAAAAUGUAAUACUAAAUGGUAACUUGCAGGAACUGUUUUGACACUGAAAAAUCAAUACAAUGCAGUGGUUAAGUCAAUGAACAAGCAACAGGAAAUAACAGGUUGUAUCUAUCUGCAGCCGUGGAAAAUCACUCAAAGUAUUUUGGGGUGAGUGGAAAGCUAAAAUGGAAAGCUAGUUUUGCCAGUUGUAGAGAAAAAUGCAGUUUAUAAAUCUAAUUAACAAUGUUCUGUAAUAGGACAGAACAAUAGCAUUGCCCUUAAUGGUUGAGAACCUCCCUUCAGUUCUGGUGUGCCCGUCAGAAUCCUUGGAAUAUCUUAAUGAGGAUUUAAAUUUGAAAAAAAUCUUGACUUAAAUAAAAAGCAAGACAUGAUGCUAAAUGCUAA